CGUACCAAGAAGUUUUAUUUGUUCUGGUGGGAACCAAACCACAGUAUUUUCUUGAUUUGAAUAAACAACUAAUCUGAUAUUUGGUUAAAUCUAUAAUAUAACCAAUCCCAAGAAAGUGCACUAACCAAUCUUCUUAAAAUAACGGUUAAGACACAAAAACUUUAUAUUUAUCUAUAAUGUUCAGUGAAAAAAACAAACAAACUUAACACUAAAUUGCACGAAGAACGGCCAGUCAAACAGUUACGUUACCCGAAAACUUGUUGCCUUGCUUGAAACAAUUAAAUCCUCGAUUUUAAAGUAAUUUUGGGUCGGGCAUGAACUAAUACUUAUCCUACCAAGAUGUGAAUUGGAUAGUUCAACGUUAGAGCCAAAGAAAUGUCACUGAAUACACUUCAGCUGUGAGCGCAAUAUAAAAAUGACAGCGCUAUUCGGUUAAGAAUAGCUAUGUAGGCGGUGGGCAAUGCCGACUGGUUGCCUUUAUUCUGGUCAAAAGUUCUAAAUCGGGGAAAAAUAUAACUGGCAUUGGAAUCUUUUGCCUAGUCAUUUAACCAUGUACCGCAUAAAGUGGCUCAGUGUUAAGUUUGUAGGCCUAUAACGCUGUAAACGGGGUUUCGAUACCCUUGCUGGGCACAACACUGAUAGCCAUUGUGUAGAUUUGCGCUUAGCAACAAAGAAACAAAUAAACUUUACUCGUGUGAAAGUUAUUAAACUUGAUUUAUGUAUUUAUAUCUAGCUUAAAUAUAAUUUAGUUUAUUUAGUAUUUGUGAAACAUAGAACAGAAGGAUAAAGUAGCCCAGAAAUUACUAUUUAGAAUUUAAAGGCUGAUUAACUACCUGCUAUACAAAGAAGCUACACACCUGCUAGUUGUCGUAUCAGACUAAUACGUUUUGAUGGAAUAUAAAGAUAUAUAGCUAGUUUGAAUAUAUCAUAAUUUAUAUCUUGGAUAAUCCGCACAACAGUCUUGUACGACUCAAUUCAGUUUAUGUGAUACUUAACAUAAUCUUUAUUGACGCUACUAGAACAGAAUGUAUGAUCUAGCAAAGCACUGGCACGAAAAUAGCUAAUGAAAAAAGGAAGUACAGAUACUGCACUGCUCUAGUAGUUAGCUAACUGGCUUCAAAAUAGAAAUGAUUUUUAUAGAAUCGUUGCGGAAAUUAUGACUUCCUGUUUUUUAUGGGAAUUAUACUGCUCAUCACAUGUGAUAGCGGAAUUGGUCUUGCAAUAUAAGGAGCCUGAAUGCCUCAAAGAAGGCAUGUUAAGCUUUUGAGACGCCAUGAUGAGGAACGGAAUAUUUUUCAGUUUAGUUAAGCUGUUGCUGACCUUGCUUGUCGUGUCUCCAGUUUUGGCAGAAUGGCAAAAAAUUAAUGGCAAGCUCUUACACCUUACAGUUACACCAAGGUUUGUAUGGGGCGUUAACAAUGAGCACAAUAUCUUCAAAUGUACGCGUCCGUGUGACGGUAGCAACUGGGUAAAAGUGGAGGGAGGCUUAAAACAAGUUGACGCUGAUGACAACGAGGUCUGGGGAGUGAACGCCAACGACAAUAUAUACAAGCGGCCAGUGGAUGGUACUGGGAGUUGGAUACAAAUCAAAGGUGGACUCAAAUACGUCAGUGCUUCUGGCUACGGUUACAUCUGGGGUGUUAACUCAAAGGACCAAAUCUUCAAAUGUCCUAAGCCUUGUAAUGGAGAAUGGGAGUUGGUGGACGGAGCUCUAAAACAAGUAGACGGUGGACGAGAUCUGGUAUAUGGAGUUAAUCGCAAUGACGAAAUAUUUCGUCGACCCGUGGACGGCAGUGGUGUCUGGGAGAACAUCCCAGGUAAACUAAAACACAUCAGUGGCUCUGGCAGCUGGGAAGUGUUCGGGGUAAACUGUAAUGAUGAAAUCUUUCGCUGCAAGAAACCCUGCUCCGGACAGUGGACAAGAUUAUCUGGAUACUUGAAGCAGUGUGACGCUAGUGGAGACUCUCUUCUAGGUGUCAAUGCUAACGAUGACAUCUUCAGAUCAACCCCUGCUUCCAAGAACUGCUGGUUGAAUCCUUUCGUUUAGAUCAUUUUCAGUUUUGAGAAUAUUAUAGAUCUAUUACCGAAAAAUGGUUUAAACGAAACUUUAUACGUAUUUUGGUAGAAAGUAGUAACCCAAUCUUUGUUUUCUCUGUAAGUGAAGAGAUAAUUUUGCUAAAUACCAGUGUUAUUUUUUUCUCGUAGUAUUCUAUAUCGUUCACUUCUUGAUCUUCCCGGUGAUUUAUGGUUUAUAUUAUGUAAUAGGAAUUAAGUGUUUAAUUAUCUAGCUUGUGGCUGUAGGAUGCGUUUGUACUUAGAAUGGCCAAAUAAAUGUUUUCUGAAAUUU